AUGUAGAACUAUGGUAGUUAAAGAGGGGGAGAGAAAGAAAGAGAUUCAAUGGAUUUUGCCCAGUACACUUGCAAGGUUUACAAGAAGAUCCAGCAGGACAAGGAGAGAGGAGAUGAGGAAGGGGUAGCAUGGUCCAUUCGGGUUGGAUGUACCAAAAUAAGUGACCACAAAGGGCGAUGUGGCUCAAGGGAACCGGGCAGGGAUUUCACACAAGACCGCUGUUGUGUAGGGAGAGGGCGGCGGACAUCUAGGUGAUGCAUGCGGGAUCAGUGAUGCACCAAGACGAGUGUGGUGGAUUCCAGCAACCCGCCGCUGCAGAGAGCGAAGCCCGCUAGCUUACCGCCGGCCGAGAUGGCGCAUGGAUAGCGAAUCCCUUCAUACUACAAAACAUGACCAAGCGUUUAUAACAAAACCGGCAGUUUGGGAGCUAAACUAAGGAAUUCGAUGCUUGCACUAGCAGGAAGAAUACAAACCCGCAUUUCCAUUGAGACUCAGAGGCUUCUGGAUGAGAAAGGAUGCCAUCUCCAUAAAACCUAUCAUACAUAGCUAACGGAGAGGGCCAGCUUGCGUUUUUUCCACCAUACUAGAUUGGUUUGAGUAGGCCGGUUGUGAUUCGUGAACCACAAGCUGUAACGAUGUUGGUGAGAUGCCACCGGAGCAAGCUGUCGGUGUGGGCCGUUCUGUGUGUGCUCGUGUUAUGCUGGCUCUACAUUUUCCCAGUGUACAGACUCCGGAGCGACAAGGAGAUAGUUGAUGAAGUGCUGCGGCAGGGACAAGUAUGGCAGAGGAACCAGACGGACAUCGAUCUGUUCAGGAAGCUGCUUUCAGAGUGCUGUGACCCUAGGAGAAUGUUUGCGGUGACCAAGCAGAAUUCACCAAUGGGGAAGGUCCUGUGGUACGAUGGAGAGUUUUACCACUCACACACAGUCAACAAUGAGACCUACUCUCUCUUUGUGCAGGAGACACCUCUUCAGCGUCCCCUCAAAAAGUGUUCGGUGGUGGGCAAUGGAGGGGUCCUGAAGCACAGUGGCUGUGGGAAGGACAUUGACCAGGCUGACUUUGUCAUGCGGUGCAACCUUCCACCACUGUCUAGGGAGUAUGUUGAGGAUGUGGGGACCAGAACCAACCUGGUGACAGCCAACCCCAGCAUCAUUGAGAAGAGGUUCCAGAACCUUCUUUGGUCGCGGAAAAGCUUUGUGGAGAGCAUGAAGGCCUACGGCUCCAGCUACAUUUACAUGCCAGCCUUCUCCAUGAAGCCGGGCACCGACCCCUCCCUGCGGGCACACUACGCCCUUGCCGACACCUCGUCCAACCUCACCAUGCUGUUUGCCAACCCCGAGUUUCUCAGGACCGUGGGAAAGUUCUGGAAGGGUCGCGGAGUGCAUGCCAAGCGCCUGUCCACAGGCCUCUUCCUGGUCAGCCUGGCGCUGGGGCUGUGUGAGGAGGUGACGGCCUACGGCUUCUGGCCAUUCAGCGUUGGGCUUGACGAGCAGCCCGUCAGCCACCACUACUACGAUAACGUGCUGCCGUUCAGCGGGUUCCACGCCAUGCCUGAGGAGUUUGUCCAGCUCUGGCAGUUGCACAAGAGCGGCACACUGCGUAUGAGGGUGGGACACUGCCCACCUCGGGAAGGGGCUAUAUAAGACUCAAGGGACCCUCCCCUAAUAAAUCUUCCCUUCCUUUCGCUUAUAACCCUCCAGCCCCCUGCGAUUGUCCCAAGCAAACCACCUGCAAACCACCCCCUUUUCUCCACCAUUAGCAUGAGAAUGUAACCCAUGGUUACCCACCCAGCCGAGAAAGCCCACACACACCCUCUCUCUCUAUCCUGCCCUCCAUCCACUCUCACUAUGUGUGUGUUUGUGUGCGUGUGUGUUUGUGUGUGUGUGUGUGCAUGAGUGCAGAGAGGAGGUCUACUAACGGUCUCAGCUGGGGCUGGAGGAUUCUUUGUGUUUUGACUACUCAAUGUGACAUAGGGAGCAGCUGGGCCCAAUGCCCCCACUGAGUCUUUGUUCAACAGAGACAGAAGGAACAAUCCUAACCAAGAGGUUUUCAUAGAAGUCUUAAGAGAACAGACUGAAAGACUUGAAACACAGAAGGAAAAAGGAGAGGAGAAACCAAGAUGUCCUGGUACCAAGGUGUCAUGGUACUAGGCUAUGAGUGGCCUGGUACCUAGAUGUCCUGGUACUAGGCUAUGAGUGGCCUGGUACCAAGGUGUCCUGGUACUAGGCUAUGAGUGGCCUGGUACCAAGGUGUCCUGGUACUAGGCUAUGAGUGGCCUGGUACCAAGGUGUCCUGGUACUAGGCUAUGAGUGUCCUGGUACCAAGGUGUCCUGGUACUAGGCUAUGAGUGGCCUGGUACCUAGAUGUCCUGGUACUAGGCUAUGAGUGUCCUGGUACCUAGAUGUCCUGGUACUAGGCUAUGAGUGUCCUGGUACCUAGAUGUCCUGGUACUAGGCUAUGAGUGGCCUGGUACCUAGAUGUCCUGGUACUAGGCUAUGAGUGUCCUGGUACCAAGGUGUCCUGGUACUAGGCUAUGAGUGUCCUGGUACCAAGGUGUCCUGGUACUAGGCUAUGAGUGGCCUGGUACCUAGAUGUCCUGGUACUAGGCUAUGAGUGUCCUGGUACCUAGAUGUCCUGGUACUAGGCUAUGAGUGUCCUGGUACCAAGGUGUCCUGGUACUAGGCUAUGAGUGGCCUGGUACCUAGAUGUCCUGGUACUAGGCUAUGAGUGUCCUGGUACCAAGGUGUCCUGGUACUAGGCUAUGAGUGUCCUGGUACCAAGGUGUCCUGGUACUAGGCUAUGAGUGUCCUGGUACUAGGCUUGUAUGAGAGCAGACUAAAAGGGAGAAUGAAAGAGGUCUUGGUACCUUGCUCGUUCGAAGGAGUUUGUUAUUUUUUGUCUUGAACAAAAACCCUUCGUGGACAUCUUAAGCAACCAAUCAGCAUUGAGGUUCAAAGUAGGAUCCAAUAGAAAAGGAGAGUGAAGCACGAUAUCGAGCUCCUAGAAUGUUCCAUUUUACAGCCAAGCUGAACAGAUCCCUGUUCACUAAAAGGGAAGCCAAGAACAUUGCAGUGUUUGAUAUAUCCGUAUGUUAAUUUAUAUUUGUUAAUUAUGACUUUAAUUAUACAUGUUUUUCAUUUUAUAUAGGUUGAUGUUCUACGUUGAUUUAGUAAUGUUACGAUUGAGAGCUGAGUAUGUAUUUAAAUCUUUUCACAAAAAUCCACUGCAGAGAAAAAGAUGUGAGCUUUACAAAUCAUGACCUCAUCUGUGUGUGUUCAUCGAGAGGUUGUGGCCUGGAAGGUUCACCCCCCGUUCACGUUUCCAGUGCUUAUUGGUAUGGUCCACUUACAAACACACUCCAUUGACAAGCUACCAUGACAAGCUGUCAUCUUGACUGAGUGAUGACAACACUACAAGUUUCUGUUCAGGUGCCGGACACCUGCUCACAUUGAACUUGAACAUUCAUACUCUUCUUCAUCACCAUCGUCAUCGUCCUCGCCAUCAUCAGUGUGCGUCUGAAUGUCAGGUCAGUGACCUGAACUUUGCUGUCCUGCAUUUAUUUCUAGGUGUUUUUUUUUCUGUCAUUCAUAACAGGGUUGGGAUCAAUUCCAUUUAAACUCGGUCAAUUCAGGAAGUAAACUGAUAUUCCAAUUGAAAUGGAAUUGACUCCAACCCUGAUCCGUAUACACAUACAAGGGAAUGAACAUAGGAUGUGUAGUAGGUGCUAGUUCUUCUGUCCUGUCAUCAUCACCAAACAGUUGAGACCGUGGAAGAGGGCUGGCCCUUUAGGUUUUACAUGGACUCCUGUCUUGAAUGUUGGUAUGAUACGUUUAAACGUUGUUACUGUCAUUGAUACUUUGGUUGUGCAAAUGUGACCAGUACCAUAUCAUGUCAUGGGCCAAUCUAGGUCCGCAUGGGUCAUGCACGGAGUCUAGCACCAACACUGAAACAACAUUUAAACAACGUUUGGACUAACCUACAGGUACAGAACAGAUCAUGUGAAUUAUGAGGUUUCUUCAAACCCAUAUCUACUGUAUAAUGAAAGGUUUUUGUGCCUUCAGAAUUGACCAAGGCAAAGGGAAAUGCUAGACAUUACUGUAUGCUAUCUUUAGAAUGACAUGUUCCCUUGAAGCUGAUUUCCACAAUCACAAUGUGACACUGCGAUGUCAUAGAAUAAUAUAGUGCUACAGUAGAGAGGAGCAUGUAGGGAGGUGGUAAUACAGUAGGAUGAAUUAUUUUAGCCAUUUGAAUGUUUGAAGUAUUUCAAGUGUGCAUCUGAAAUGGCACCCUAAUCCCUAUGUAGUGUAUUAUUUGUGACCAUAACCCAUAGGGUGCACUACAUCAGGAAUAGGGUACCAUUUCUGACGGUGCCAAGUCAAAAUGACCCCCUUGACCUCUAUAUGUAAAACAUUUGACUAAGAAAACAAGUCCAGAGUCUUAGAUUGAGCUGGUUGUUGUUGGACCAAGUCAGUUAAUGAUAAACCAAACCUGUUUAAAGUAUUUUCAUUGCCAGUCUUGAUGAAAACUUGUGCUCUCUUCCAACCAGGAAUUGAACUGUUGAUCAUUUUUAAAAACGAAUGUGAUUAAAUUGAUGACACGUAUUUGCACCUUCGGGCCCACUUUAUUCAGAUAGUCUGGAUAGUCCAUCUGUAGAUGGUCUUACUUACUAUCAACAAACUAUCUGUGGAGAAGCAACUGAUUGCUAAGGUUAGGGUAAAGGUUAGGGUAAGGCUUAGUAGAUAGUUAGUUGACAUGUUAUCCAAAUAAAGUGUUCUCACCGUCUGGUUCCUCUGCCCAGUAUUGUGAAUGAGAAAUAUUUUACUUGGUCAUUUUCAGUAAGCAUGACUGUGACUCUGUAUGUGUUUUGCGGUUCUGACUUUCAAAGUCAUUCUGUCCAUUAUUUUGUGAAGCGCCAUAUUGGGUUGAUUAUGCCCAAAAAUAAACAGCGCAAAUUGUACCUCAAUAUCGGUUUUGCUGGCAAUCCCUUUUAGCCUUAGUAUGGGUACCAGUCAUUUGCCAAAGGACAGAAGUGGCAAGGAGUGGAAUUUUAGCUAACAAUACUGGUACACAGUCUACUCUGGGGUUGAAUUGUGACGUAAUGCAAACACAAUGUGACGUUCUCAGCUACACAGUGUGUGAGUGAAUCCUACUUACUGUGUCAUGAAUAAGAUGACAUCUAGUUAACGAGGGCUUCUGCACGGUGGUACUUUGAAUCUUUCCUACGUAUAUUUAGAUGUGUUUUUAGUGUAUGCCAUUACCAGGUUCAUUUGGACAAUAGAUAUAAAUGUGUUUUCUUUGCUUUGCCUUGAAUUUGUUUUGGAAAAAAUACUUUGGAAAGGAAAAAAGCAGUGAGGUUUUUACAUGAUUAAACUGUUAAUGUGUAUUCAAACCUUGUGUCAAUCACCUUACGUCAGCUCAAUGCUGUUUUUGGCGAGAGUACCCUGCCUGAGCAUGUUCCAAUACAGGAAGUCAAAAUGAAGGACUGAGAUGUGUUUUUCGUGCCACCUGGACUAUGCCAAGAAAUGCAUUGCAUCCAAAUAAGAGGUCAACACUGGUAUCCAAUAAAGAAAGUCAUAAUAUCGAA